AAAAAUAAACUAUUGAUAAUUCCGUCAAUUUCUCAAGUCCAAGCUUCUGCCAGUAUUGAAACAAAUCAGCGGAUCAGGCGGGAGCACAGAUACGAAUAUCGGAAUAUACGCUUCUCUACAAUGGAGAAGGGAGACAGAGUGAAGGUAGCAGCUCUUACACUCGCCUCUUGUGUCACGCUUGCAAUCUACUUUUUCCUUGCAUCCAAACUUCAUCAGCGUAAAAGACCAAGUCGCAGAAAUCCUUCGUCAUCACCUCCUCCUUGUUAUCUCAGAGCAGAGCCCAAACCUCAGUACGAUUUCAAGCGCGUCUUGGCCGAUAACUCUUAUUCUCACUUUCAACACCUCAGCCUCCAUCCCGCCGACACCUCCACCGCCCAGAAAUGCACGAGUUUGCAUCCAUACAUGACAGAGAUUUCGGCAUUGCUGAAGGAGUCGAAUGUGAAGGCUUUGGAGAAGUAUAAUGAGAAUUUGGAUGAAUUAAAGAGCCGUGGUUCGUAUGUGUGGGUGGAAACUGGGUCACAGUUGCAGGAGUUGGCUGAAGUGCUGAGUGGGGAAAGGAUAUUUGGUGUAGAUGUGGAGCAUGAUAGUGUGAGAUCCUUCUUAGGUUUGACCUGCUUAGUUCAGAUAUCAACAAAGAGGGAGGAUUAUCUUGUUGAUGCAAUAGCCCUCCAUGACUUGAUGGGCAUCCUCCGGCCUAUAUUUGCUGAUCCAGGGAUUUGUAAGGUAUUCCAUGGAGCUGAUAAUGAUGUUCUCUGGCUUCAAAGAGAUUUUCAUAUUUAUGUUGUUAACCUAUUUGACACUGCAAAGGCAUGUCAUGUUUUGUCUAAACCGCAGAACUCAUUGGCAUACUUGUUGAAAACUUAUUGUGGUGUCAUUACAAAUAAACAAUUGCGAAGAGAAGAUUGGAGGCAACGUCCUCUACCAGAAGAAAUGCUGCAUUAUGCUAAAAAAGAUUCACACUAUCUGAUGUACAUUGCGUGUUGUGUUUAUAAGGAGCUGAAGAUACAAGAUUUAGAAAGUUCACCAUGUCUCAAUAACAAAUUAACUUUUGUUCUUGAGGCCACUAGUCGUUCCAAUGCAACUUGUUUGCAACUAUUCUCAAAAGUGAUUGAAGCAUAUCCGGGAUAUUCUGCUGCUUCAUCAAUAAUUUCUCGAUGUCAUCGGGACCAAGGAAAUCUCCCUUCCAAUUUUGUCAAUGCAAAGUUUCACGACCUUGUGAGCAGAUUGUGUGCAUGGAGAGAUAUUAUGGCUCGAGUUCAUGACGAAAGUUUAAGAUAUGUUUUAUCUGAUCAAGCACUUGUUGCACUAGCAGCUAAAGCCCCUACAGAUGUUAGAGAUAUACGCAAAAUCAUAUCUGAAUCCCAUCCAAGUGAGGAUCACAUAUCAUCAUCCCAAUCUCCAUCAUCUCUAGCGUGUAGUCACAUGGAAGACUUUAUUAGUCACUUAUUUCAAGAUGAAAUAGGUGAGGAUGAGGAAAGCCUUCUUGAAAUCCUUCAGAAAUGCUUAGGUGUUAAUGGAAGUUGUCCUCUCUCCGCCUAUAAUAUUGCUUUGUUAUCUGAAAGUAGCUUGGAAGUAGCUGACAGAUCUGUGGUUAGAAAUAAAUCCGCAAAAUCGUCCCUGGCUCGGAAGGCUCUUCAAGAGCUGUUUGACAAAACACAGCAUUGUAAAUCUCCAGUCUAUGACAACUGUAGGAUCUAUACAAGUGAUGGUCGAUUUUUAAGUUUCUGUGCCCGUAGAAAACUUGAGUGGUACCUAAAGAAGAAUUUGGCAAGACUUGUUGAAGAGGACCCUCCUGCUAUAAUGCUUAUGUUUGAACCCAAACGACGUCCAGAGGAUGAGGACAAGGACUUCUGUUAUGAAAAUAAGCAAAAUGUGUGUGUUCGAUGUGGUGAAGGUGACCGUUACUUAAGGUACCGUAUUAUACCUUUGUGCUACAUAAAGCACUUCCCGGAACACUUUAACAGUUACAGAUACCAUAAUCUUGUCCUCCUCUGUGUGGACUGCCACGAAAUUGCUCGUGUUGCUGGUGAAAGAUACAAGGAGAAGAUAGCUGAAGAGAUUGGAAUACCACUUUUUGUCAGUAAAGAUGUUGAUGGUUCUAGCCAAAAUAAAAAAUUUGAUAUGAAACACCCCCCACCAGAUUUUGCUGCUUCGGAUAAUAAUAAUCAAGAGUCCAAUAGUGACAUCAUAUGUAUUCCGGUUGUAUCAGAAAAUGGGAAUAUCUCUACUGAGAGUGAUUUAGUUGUACAAAGUGACGAGAGUGUUUCUUCUGAACAGUUAAAGGAAUCAAUGUGGGGGCAUGGACCUCAUGGGAAGCGGGUUGUGGAAUCUAUACUCAAAGAACAUGGGGACGAGGGGAUUCGUGAAUUUAUUCAGAGAUGGAGAGAAAGUUUUGUAGAAGCCAUUCAUCCCCGUUUCCUGCCUGCACGUUGGAAUUCCAAGCACAUGUUUGAUUGAACCCUCUCUCUCCUACAAUGUAAUAUUUGUGAUAGGUAUACAACACACAAUAUGUAUUACUUCCUCCUUAAAGCAAAGAACUUCUCACUUUCCUUUUUCGUCCGUAACGAAAAGAUCUUCCCCUUCCUAAAAAUGAAAAUAAAAAUAAACCAAUUU